AAUACCUCAACUUGAUGUUAGCUCCAACACUGAUGAAGCGGUUGUCGAUGAUGUAUCACGCCAUUUAUUCGAGUUUGAAAGAGUUGCAGAACAUAAUAGAUAUGUAAUUACAGAGUUACAACAAGUGCAGAGUAAAAACAGGGUAAUAUCCAGGUUAAAUGAACGACUUGAAGAAUGCUAUAGAAUAAUCUCUCAAUUAGAAAAGUUAUAUCAAGAACAGUAUGAAGCAUAUCAAAGACA